CAAACUUACGAGGUCAACAUUCUUUCUACUAGUACAUUAUCUAUCUUUUGCGACACAAGAUGCCGCCAUACGGUCGUGCUAGAAAGAUUUCUCUUUCUUCCCCCAACACUGGCUCCUUGGACAAGGAUGUCACUCUACCAGGCGACGCUGAGGACACCAUCUCGUCUAUCUCAUGGUCGCAUGCUAGCAACCAUCUAGCAGCGGCAUCGUGGGAUGGAAAGGUGCGCGUCUACAAUGUAAGCAGCACCGGAGUCGCGCGUGGAGUCACGCUGCUCAACGCGGAGGGCCCUGUCCUCGACUGCGACUGGGCUAAGGAUGGUUCUAUGGUCGUCGCAGGAGGCGCAGACAAGAAACUUCAUCUCUUGGACAUAAGUACGAGCAGUCAAGCUUCUCUUGGCGCUCACGACGCCCCUAUUCGCAACGUGCGCUUCAUCGAGGUCCCGGGAUUUGGUGCGCCUGUCAUUGUGUCUGGAUCCUGGGACAAGACAGUCAAGUUUUGGGAUCUUCGCCAGCAGGGCCCGCUCGCCACUGUCGCCUGCAAAGAGCGCGUCUAUUCGAUGGAUUCCAAGGCCGAUCUCAUGGUCGUUGCGACUGCCGAGUGCCACAUUCAUCUUUUCGAUCUCAAGAAUCCGACAACCAUAUCCGAGACUGUGGAAUCACCGCUGAAGUACCAGACCAAGGUCGUCGCCGCAUUUCCUGACGGAAAGGGUUGGGCGACGGCCAGCAUUGAGGGACGGUGCGGAAUGAGGGCCGUGGAAGAAAAGGAUAAGGAUAAGGUCAACUUUACCUUUAAAUGCCAUCGUGAGAAGGAGGCUGCAGCCACCACCAAGGUCUUCACGGUCAAUGACCUCUCGUUCCAUCCCGUGAAACACAAUGUAUUCUCGACUGCAGGAUCGGAAGGAACGUACCAGUUCUGGGAUCGCAUCGAGCGCACUAGGCUGAAGGCCUACCAGAAAACCAGUGGAUCGAUCACGAGCGCGGCAUACAAUCGCGAUGGCACUUUCUUCGCGUACGCCGUGGGCUACGAUUGGAGCCGCGGUCAUGCAGCGAACACCCAGAAGACCGAGACUAAGCUUAUGCUGCAUCCUGUCUCCGAGGAGGAUAUCAAGAAGAAGUAGGGAUAUCAGGGAUGGAGUUUUAGGUGGGAUACGGGAGUUCUGGUGGGGAGGUCCGGGAACACAAGUGGCAGUCUUGCGUCAACGGAGGAUUUCUUUUGUCAGGGGCUUGGUGCUUGUAUUACUGAGGAGGAUUGAGGUACGUUGGGUUUUCACAUUGGCAAUUCACUUCAUGGGUAGUUGCCAAGUGGAUAUCAUACGGCGGGCAACAUCGCUUUUCACGCAAUCGAGGUGGACUAAGGAGAAGGGGUUACGUACCGCGAUUAACUGGUUUAGCUGGUUGGCUAUGCCUUGAAUGGCAGUACGAUACGUGGGCCUUGGGUUUAUGAAAGGAAAUUCUGCCUCUGCCUAACAAAGAGUCUUCUUGAACUACUUGGGAAUUUCCCUAGAUAAAUGUACCGAGCAUACAUGCUCUGUAAGAAGGUACUUAAACGUAGAAAAUGACCAUUAUGAUCCAAGUUAUCUCUUUGCUUUUCCUGUGAUACGUCUUUCUUCUUCGAUGGGAGCUCUUUCAUUUUCUCUUUUCUGUGACUUGCUGUUCAUUUUUAACCUACCUAUUAGAUGACUUUUGAAUCUCUUCGAUCCUUCCACGAUGGAAUGUGAAGUGAAGUGAAGUUAAGAAUAAAGUUUAUAAAGAAGAUGAG